AAGAUUGGACUGUUAUAUGAGGGGGUUGGUUGAGAGAGUCAGGAGAGGGGGUGUCUGCACUGUGAUUUCCCAAUGAAACGUAAACGUUAGAGCGCCACGGUGAUUCCGUCGCAGCAGCAAGGGAACUACAGCAGUGCUCUUCAUGCGGGAAAUUAUGCCUGGUUUCUUGGGCAGAGAGGGACGCUCAAAUCACUAGGGAAACAUGAAUAUUACAUAUUUAACCUUUUGAUUUAGGCCAGUAGACAUACAUUACUGUGUUUACCACAAUGUUCUAGCAAAAAAUUAUCCUUGCUGUGCUCGACUCCGUCUGUCCCGUCGUCAGUAUGGAGAAGACGAUCUGCAGUCCGCAUCCUGGGACAAAUAAAACGAACUCUGGUUCACUGCUGUCGGACAAGGGGAAUUCGGCGAGAAAGAUCGGACGAGCUGGUUCUCACAGCCCCGGCUCGGCUUCACUUGGGAGCGGGGCCGGUGGAGGAGUGAGUCGGGGAGGUUUAUUGGGAAACAGUAUGCAUUUUCAGCAAGCGUGUAAGCGUCAGUUAGAAGGAGUGUUGAGCAAAUACACAAACUUAAUUCAAGGAUGGCAGAACAGGUACUUUGUGUUGGAUCCAGAGCUGGGACAGCUGCAGUACUUUGUACAUGAACAUGGCAAGAGCCAGAAGCCCAGGGGCUCUCUGCCUCUGAUCGGUGCGUCGGUUGUCCAGAGCGAUGAGGCACCACACAUGUUCAUCGUCAACUCAUUCAAUGGCGAGCUUUACAAGCUCAGAGCAUCCGACGCCAAAGAGCAGCGGUUCUGGAUGAACCAACUCCAAGCGUGCGCCAGACGCCACUCCGACAGCAGUGCCAAGGUCUGGAAGUUUAAGGGAUCGGAUGAGCACCUGAGUGCGGAGGGAACGACGGGAGGCAGCCAGGAGGGGCUGGGCUCGUCGUCUUCCGGUCGGUCCCGUAGCGUCUCCCUCCUCCCACCAGCCUCCUCAUCGCCUGGUAUCCAGAGGCACUUGGCGUGUCCGGGCACACCGAGCAACAUCGUGACCAUCACCCACCACAAGUCCCCAGCCGCUGCUCGACGGGCCAAGAACCAAUAUCCCGGCCGACUACUGGAGGUCAAAGAGGCGAUGAGCCAAGCAGAGGGCCAACAGAAGAACCUGGUCCAGUCCAUCGAGUCCCUCCCCACGCGAGGACCCCUUUCCUGCCUGGACCAGGACCUCCUGCUCCUCAAAGCCACGUCGGCCGCCACCCUGAGCUGCCUGGGAGAGUGCCUGAACAUCCUGCAACAGACCCAAACCCACAGCCAGCCCCAGGCCUCCCAGCCCAACCACACCCGCGCUCCCCCCUCCGAUGGUGUUCCUGUGUGGAGUGUACCAAAGUUGCCCUCGGGGGAGCACCUGAAGAACGGCGGCCCAACCCCUCUACGUUCUGCCGAGCCCUCCCCAGCCCUCAGGAAAAAAAGCCCUGCCCAUGGUGCUGAGCAGCACCCAGCAGGGUUGGAGGCCGUCAGCCCCAGUGAGGAGGUGACUGACAUGGAGGACAAUGAGGAAGAGGACCUGGGCGUGUUGGACGACCAGCGGAGCAUCAUCCUGCACCUCCUCUCCCAGCUCAAACUAGGCAUGGACCUCACCCGGGUGGUGCUACCCACAUUCAUCCUGGAGAAGCGCUCCCUGCUGGAGAUGUACGCUAACUUCAUGGCCCACCCGGACAUGUUCCUGUCCAUCACGGCUGGAGCCACGGCGGAGGACCGCAUUGUACGCUUCGUUGAGUACUACCUUACCGCCUUCCAUGAGGGACGCAAAGGAGCUGUGGCCAAGAAGCCCUACAACCCGGCGCUGGGCGAGACAUUCCACUGUUCCUGGGAGGUUCCUCGGGACAGAGGGAGGCCCCUCAGGUCUCAGGGCCCCAGGGAACCAGCCUCCAGGGGCCCCAACAACACCCAACAACAGGACGAUCCAUCGGGGACUGAGUGUUACCGGGUUCGCUUCGUGGCUGAGCAGGUGUCCCACCACCCGCCCGUCUCAGGGUUCUACUGCGAGUGCCCAGAGAGGAGGAUGUGUGUCAACACCCAUGUGUGGACAAGAAGCAAGUUCAUGGGCAUGUCCAUUGGUGUGUCCAUGAUAGGGGAAGGGACCUUGUGCCUCCUGGAGCAUGACGAGGAGUAUGUCUUCACGCUGCCCUGUGCCUACGCCCGCUCCAUCCUCACCGUGCCAUGGGUGGAGCUGGGUGGCAAAGUCACCAUCAACUGUGCCAAGAGCGGCUACUCGGCCACAGUCACAUUCCACACCAAGCCUUUCUAUGGAGGGAAGGUACACAGGGUGACUGCAGAGGUCAAACACAAUCCGACCAACACUAUUGUGUGCAAGGCCCAGGGGGAGUGGAACGGAACCCUGGAGUUCACCUAUAGUAGUGGGGAGACCAAAGUGAUUGACACAACUAAACUGCCAAUCAUCAAGAAGAAGCUCCGGCCUGUAGAAAAGCAGGGACGGAAUGAAUCCAGGCGGUUAUGGCAGCACGUCACCAGGUCACUGAAGGAGGGGAACAUUGACGAGGCCACGGGACACAAGCAUCGUCUAGAGGAGCGCCAGCGAGAGGAGGAGAGGCAGAGAGCUGCAGAUAACUCGCCCUGGACACCCAAAUAUUUCAGCAGAAAGGGAGAAGGCUGGAUCUACCACAAAAGUCUGUGGAAAUCUCACGGACACAAGAACCAGACUGCUCUAAUGGACACUAACAGAGUGCCUCUAUCCCCCUAAAUGAAGGGCCAGGCCAGGGGAAGGAUAAUGAUGGAACAGCUUAUUGAGGGAGUGAUGCCACUCUCUAUUGGGACCCGAGAUACUGACUCUUAAUGACACGGACAAAGGACACGCUCAUGUGGAUCAAGGUGCCAAAGUGGUUUCCACUUGAACUACGAGGGUGGGCGGGACAAAGAUCGAUUUUUAUAGUGCUCGAGGUCGAGCGUUUAGAUUUUUCACUUUGCCAAGGCCAUUUUUUUUUGCAAAUGCACAGUAUGAUAUGAUUUGCCACUGGUAUUUUGUACCAGUUGUGUUGACACAUACAGGGUCCAUUUUGGUCCAAUCGCCUUUAUUUGUCAUGCAGCAUCAGAAUGCAAUGGUAGAAGAAUGCAGAUGGCACAGAUGGAAUCGGAAUCAGGAGGAGUCCACUGCAGUGUUGGUGGAAUACAACAGUGAUCAUAGCAGAGAUAUGUUUAUGUUACCAUUAGUUCCCAUCCUGUUUUUAACAAAUGCUAAUGACUAGAAGUAGUCUAUUUCCUACCACUUUCCCAUUCUACCCAUCCUUAUCCCAUCCCGACCUUUGGAAUGAGUUCCGAGUUCCGACCAUUCCUGAACGGAACUGUCUCCCUCGGCUCUUCCACGCAAACCGAUUUCCCAUCACUCUCUUACCCACUUAUUACGUUCGUAAUCCCAUACCAUCACCGCUUUUCUUUAGGUUUCUAACGGAGUGUUUAUCUCCCCGUGAGGCGUUUCCUCCUUCCAGGGAUGUGUCCUUAGGUUGGCAUUGACAUAACAGAAUUAAGCUGGAGCUUGUACCCAGCUCACGACUCCCCGUGCUAAUAUCUCAGUGGGCGGCCUCUGCAUUGAAUAUGGAUAAGGUGCACAGGAAGACACAAGCACAUUCUCACAGAGGGGUACCCGAGAGGCGUCGUCUCUCCAGAUGUCAUUCUGAAUGAGAUUGUUGACAGGUACAGUGGUGGUGGUGGUGGUAGUAGUAGAGGGGUUGUUUUGGGUCAUGCAUAGCUAUUAUACGUUUACAUUUUCACAAAAUGUACUAACUGACAUACAGUAUAUACUGUGUAUAUAUUUAGUUAAAUACUAUUUAUACCGUGCAUUCGGAAAGUAUUCAGACCCCUUGACUUUCUCCACAUUUUGCAAAAACACCUGUUUUUGCUUUGUCAUUAUGGGGUGUUGUGUGUAGAUUGAUGAUGGAAGAAAAUAAAUGUUGAUCCAUUUUAAAAUAAGGCUGAUUAAAAUUGAUUAAAUAAAACAAUUUCCUCAUCGAUCUACACACAACACCCCAUAAUGACAAAGCAACAACAACAACAAAAAAAUGUUUGCAAUUGUAUUCAAAUCAAAAAACAUAUCUUAUUUACAUAAGUAUUCCUUUGUAAUGAGACUCGAAAUUUAAUGUGGGAAAAGUGGUCGGAAUACUUCCAAUUGCACUGUAUCUGAUUGCCUUUAUUAUAUAUAUUAUUCAGCCAAACAACGAAUGGAACAUUUUUGUUUUUAGUUUGCUCCACAUUUUAGUCUUAGAAUAGUGAUAAAUGCUAUAUUCUCUGGUUGUGAAGUAAUUCCAACCAUCCAAUCUCAACCAUCCAUGACUAUAGACUGUGUGUCUUGCAGCAUUACAUUGUAGUACUAUCAUGGUGUCGAUCCUGACGUUAGUAUAAUCUUGCAGUCCAAAUGAGAAAAUCAGCAGGGAUGAAAAUUAGCGGUCCAGUUUCUUGCCGCUACUGAGUAAUUUGGAGAAGUGCCCGAUUUCAAUUUAAGAAAUUAUGCAUUUCUCACGCACGCCUUUCCUUCGCACUUCUCAGUAGUUGGUAUUCCCGAUUUACCUUAUGAAAGUGCCUACCGGGCUUUGCAGGUGUGGUUCCCUUGCACGCACUGAAUAAAUUAAACUGCUGAAUAACCAUCCCA